AUGGACCAGCUCUGUAGCUGUGUGGUGCAGGUGAGCUGUAGUGGGGCUCUCUGGCCUCUGAAGCGGCUUCCCUGUGGAGGAGACUUUGGGGAACCCUGUCAGCCGCCUGAUCUCAAGCAGUGUAGUUUAAAAAAAAAUAAACUAGAAUGCUUGGCCAUAUCUGGAAAAGUAAUUUUGAGUGUUAGCUUCUGCAUGAGUAAAAGUGAGCGGGCAGAGCGCACUGUCAGCAAGUUUGUCCGUGACGCCAAACUGGGGGAGGAAGAAGCAGUUGAUCUGCUGGAGGGCAGGGCUGCCAUUCAGACCAGCGACCUGGGGCAUGGGCUGGCCAGUCUUGCCUACUUCAGCAAAGCUCCUUGCAAGUGUUCACUAAUAGCACAGCGAGCAGAGCUCUGUACGUCAAUGAAAAACUACCAGCAAGCUCUUCACGACGCGGAUGUCCUCUGCCGAAACAAACCCCACUGGCCUGCGGGCCAUUAUGUGAAAGCAAAAGCUCUCUCUGGAUUGGAAAGGACUGAGGAAGCAUUGAAGGAGUUUCUCUAUUGUGUUGCCUUAAAUCCUGAAUGGAGCUCAAUGAAGAAAGAAGCCCAAAAGAUAAUGUGUGAGAUGUUUUUCCCAGCCUUUGAAAAUGUGCAUGAUAGUCUAACAGCACCUUUCUUUAGUCGAACAUCCCAUGCAAGAUUGAAACCUGCAUUUCUGAGUAGCAUAAACGCACAGUCAGCUGCGGAAGAUAGCUCCAUUGCUGGGUCCUCAAAGGAUACUGUGUUCAGGUUAACAAAAACCCCGUCCCAAGAAUCUGAUGUAUUUAGAAGCACUGAUUCUCCUGUUUCCCAUCAUGUUCUGGAUUUCUAUUUUGAAGAAAACAAGAAGUCUUUGGGAGCUAUUCUCUCCAGUUUACCUGGGGUUGGCUUAAAAAGAAAGCUGUCCAGUGAGAUGAGGGAUUUACAAAGCUUGGAUGUCCCCAAUAAGAUUCCUAAAAAAGAUGCAGAUUUUUUACCUGAAAACACCAACAUCACUUCAGGAGAGGUACCAACAACUCUGGUGGAUGCGUCGGACUUUGAGUGUUCCCUCUGCAUGAGGUUGUUCUAUGAACCUGUGACCACUCCUUGUGGACACACCUUUUGCCUCAAAUGCCUUGAGCGUUGCCUUGACCAUAAUCCACAUUGCCCACUCUGCAAAGAAAAGCUGUCAGAAUUUCUGGCAAGCCGAACUUACAAGAAGACCGUCCUUACAGAAGAACUGAUAGUCCGUUACUUGCCAGAGGAAUUAUCUGAAAGGAAGAAAGUCUAUGAGGAAGAAAUGAAGGAAUUGUCAAAUUUGAAUAAAGAUGUUCCCAUCUUCGUGUGUACCAUGGCCUUCCCUACCAUCCCUUGCCCACUCCAUGUGUUUGAACCUCGUUAUCGUCUAAUGAUAAGAAGAUGCAUGGAAACUGGUACCAAGCAGUUUGGCAUGUGCUUAGCUGAUGAAUUAAAAGGAUUUGCAGAUCAUGGCUGUAUAUUAGAGAUCAGGGACGUAAAGUUUUUUCCUGAUGGACGCUCAGUUGUUGAUACAGUUGGUGUCCGUCGUUUUAGGGUCUUAAGCCAUGGCCAGCGAGAUGGAUAUAACACAGCAAACAUCGAGUAUCUUGAAGAUAAAAAGGUUGAAGGACCGGAAUAUGAAGAACUUGUCCGCCUUCAUGAUUCAGUUUAUGACCAAGCUGUUGCCUGGUUUACUUCUCUUAAAGACAAUAUGAAAGUGCAAAUUCUCAAUCAUUUUGGGUCCAUGCCAGGAAAAGAACCAGAGCCACAGAGUAACCCCAGUGGUCCUGCCUGGUAUUGGUGGCUGUUGGCAGUGUUGCCUCUGGAAAACAGAGCUCAGCUGGCUAUAUUGGCUAUGACCUCCCUUAAAGAUCGUCUUAUUGCCAUCAGACGCGUAUUGAUAUUUGUGACUCGCAAAAGACCCAGAUAACAUGGACUUCAGUUGUGAGUGGGCACUGAAAACAUCUCAUGACAGGUUGUUUUGGGGGAGGGCAAAAGGGGAGGGAUUGUUUUUUGGGUUUUUUUUUAAAGAUUGCUUCAAGAAGGAAUAGCCCUUUCUGACUGCAUCCAGCAUCCAUCGAUUGCAUCGAUUUGUUAUCCUGGGUAUUCACCAAACCUUGCACUCUCUCCUGUUGUCCUGGUGAAAUCUGAGCCUCCACAAAGCUGUGCUACAGUUAGAGCAUAGCUGAUAGAUGUGGAUAAUUGCUUCAAAGUACUAUGAUAUGAUGUUUCUAGCCUGCAAGAGAGUUAAGUACUAGAAUAGCACCAUUGGCCUGCAUGUGAUUUGGAUUUCCACUUGGUAGGAAAAGGAAACUGGACAAUGAACUGAAGAGGUGUUUCCUAGACUUUCUCAAAGGUAGUGAACAGAAGAGGAGUUACGCUGCCCGG